GUUCUGAGAGAUCAACCUUCUGCUCAAAAACUAUUUGUUUCGGUAAAGUUUAUUAAAAAGCAUUGUAUUGUUUUUAACCAUGAUGAAUAUUUGAUUGUAACUCCUGUAGCGAAAGCUGAACAUGAUUAAAUGCGUAUUAUUAAUAUAAUAAAAUAAAAGUAAAAAUAAAACAGGGCGAUAGAAUGUAAGAUCCGUGUUUAAAAAAUAAGAACCAAAUUGCAACCAUUUGUGUGAAUGAUUCAAAGUUGUUCGUACCUUAGUUCACUUUCUGAUAUUCUUAUACUUGCAGUUAAAAGGAUGUCCACGACAUGGCUUAUACCAGGAGUGUUCUUAGUCAUUUACUGUCAUACUUUUAAUUUAACAAAAAUGGCCACGAAUCUAUAGCCACGGUCUACUAUCACUAAAUCAAAACGAGCCAAAGCUCCAAAGAAGUGUUUUCUCCGUCUGAUCCAGUAGAUCCGGACUAUUUUCUAGUUUUUUUGACGAAUUACAUUUUGCAAGUGGUCAACGUGCAGCAAUGACACAAUUACAAACACAUACAUCUCCAUUUCAGUUUUAUGCUGCUAAUGGUGAUGACGAGGAUGAUGAUGAUAAUAAUCUGCAAAAUACUCAAAGUCAGUGA